AUCACUGGCUCUUUCCAACAGUGGCAACAAUCACCAUUGGAAGCAAAGAGAGAGAGAGAGAGAGCGAGCAGGAGAGUCGAAAUGCACCAGAAUGCUACUGACUGAUCACUUUGUCAAUCUCUCGCAGGGCAGUUUCCAGCUGCGGAAUUCCUGGGAAUAAGCAAAGACAAGAAGCAAAAAAAAAGUUUUGUUUGUGUGUGUGGGGUUCUUCAUCGUUCCAAGCCCAAGGCAGUAUGAAAUCUGCAGAGGAAGAAGCCUACAAUUUUGCUUCACCACAUGUUACGGUCACUCCAUCUACGGGUGUGGUAAAUCCUUCCAUACCAAUAUCCUGUCAUGGGCUGCAGUCUUCGAGUCCAGUGGUUUCUGUGCUACCAUCAACAAAUCAAAUGAUGGGAUAUGGGGGAAACAUUGACACUGGAGCUUCAAGCUACUACUUGACUCCUAAUGUAAGACCAAAUUGCGCUCCAACUCUUGAGAGUCCAAGGAUAGAAAUUACACCUUAUCCAGGAAUACACCUUAGCCAUAACCAGUUUGCUGGUGAAACUGAGCUGGAUGGAGUUGAGAAUGGUCCAGGCUGUAAGCGCUCCAAUUCAUUAGUUACCCUCACUCUACCAAAUGCAGAUGCCUACAGAGAUCCCUCGUGCUUAAGCCCAGCAAGCAGUCUUUCUUCUCGGAGUUGCCAUUCUGAAGCAUCUGAAUCCAGUUAUUCCAUUCCUUAUGAUACCUCUCCACUGACCUCUCCUUGGCAGUCACCAUGUGUCUCCCCCAAGGGCACUGCUCAUGAGGAAGGAUUCCCUCGUGGGCAAGCUGCAUGCACCCUUUGGAAUUCGCCAAGGCAUUCGCCGGGCACUUCACCUCGAACGAGUAUCACCGAGGAGAACUGGCUGAGCCCACGGCCGACCUCGAGACCAUCGUCGAGGCCGCAGUCUCCUUGUGGCAAAAGAAGGCAUUCAUUCAAUGGUGGAUACUACCGCCAACCAUCCUAUUCACCGCAUCAUUCUCGAACCCCAUCACCGCAAGCCUCCCCUCGGGUAAGCGUGACUGAGGAAACGUGGUCGGGGAGUGGAAACCAGUACAAUUCUGCUAUCCUUGCUGCCAUUACAGCACUCACCACUGACACCUGUAUGGAUAUCAAUGACAGUAUUCCUGUCAAGUCCCCAAGAAGAACUAUACAAGAGCAAAACCCUUCUAUGUCUCUCAAGCCUGAACCAGGGAACGAUGAACAAAGAGCUUAUUCACCAUCUGGAGAUCCGUUGCAAGAAGAAUUUUCUGCAUCUCGCCUUCUUAUCAAAAAAGAAACUUUCUGUGAACAGUAUUUAUCAGUACCUCAGCACCCAUAUCCGUGGGCUAAACCGAAAUCUGUGUCAUCAUCAUCAUCCUUUGCCAGCCCUUCUUUGCCUGCCCUUGACUGGCAGUUGCCAUCCCAUUCAGGACCAUAUGAGCUUGAGAUUGAGGUGCAACCUAAAUCGCAUCACAGAGCCCAUUAUGAGACAGAGGGUAGUCGUGGAGCUGUGAAGGCAUCUGGUGGGGGACACCCUAUUGUGCAGCUCCAUGGUUACAUGGAAAGUGAGCCUCUCACUCUACAGCUGUUCAUCGGAACAGCAGACGAUCGCCUGUUGCGACCACAUGCCUUCUACCAGGUCCAUCGAAUCACGGGGAAGACGGUUUCCACAAGCAGCCAUGAAAGCAUCAUCAAUAACACCAAGGUGCUGGAGAUUCCAUUACUACCAGAAAACAACAUGAGAGCGAAUAUUGAUUGUGCUGGGAUAUUGAAACUUAGAAAUUCUGAUAUUGAGCUGAGGAAAGGCGAGACCGACAUUGGAAGGAAGAAUACAAGAGUGAGGCUGGUCUUUCGUGUACAUAUUCCACAACCCAAUGGUAGAACUGUCUCUCUGCAGGUUUCAUCGAAUCCUAUUGAGUGCUCCCAGAGAUCUGCACAAGAGUUGCCACUGAUAGAAAAGCAAAGCAUUGACAGAUAUCCCGUGAUUGGUGGAAAGAUGAUGAUUUUAAACGGUCACAACUUCCUCGCAGAGUCAAAGGUCAUCUUUGUGGAAAAGGCAGCAGAUGGGCAUCAUGUGUGGGAGACUGAAGCAAAAACUGACAAGGAAUUCUUUAAGCCUAAUUCGCUCAUAGUUGAAAUUCCACCCUAUCGCAACCAACGCAUUACCAGUCCUGUUCAAGUUUAUUUCUAUGUCUGCAAUGGAAAACGGAAGAGGAGCCAAAGCCAGCGCUUUUCCUAUCUACCUGCUAAUGUUCCUGUUAUAAAAACAGAACCCACUGAUGACUACGAACCUGCCCUGGUCUACGGAUCGCUUAAUCAAGGGAUGAACCCAGUGUCCCAGUCUUACUACUCCCAACAGGUCAUGACACCCGAGAUGUCACCGGAUCCCGGUCCCUGCCUUGUGAGCAGCUUUCCCUCGUGUCAGCAGCGAAACUCUGGGUUAUCGUCUUCCCCUACUUCAGGUCACAAGCAGCAUGAAAUUACACCCGUCUCUUACACCAAAUGUGUCAGCAGCCCAGCCAGCACUCAGCUCAGCCACCAGCAGUCUGGAGCAACAGUGCCCACUAUCCAAGAAGUGCACAGAUCUGUUGUCGUGCAUCCAAGUUCACCCACUCAUUCAGCACACGUGAUGAUGCAGCCCCAGAUGAGUCAGCAUCUGAACAGCAGCUGUUCCCAUGGUUUCCACCAAACUCUGUAUCCCAACAACCUUUCUCCUCAAGGCCCAUCCGCUUCCCCAGAGGCCACAUAUGUGCAGCCCUUCAGCCCAACUAACUCAGCAGCCAUGGGUCAGCAGCAGCAAGUUCCGAAACCUCCAAGAAAUGGAUCUCAGUCUAGUCAUUCAAUGAUGCCUCCGGUGCACCAAGAAAACAGUCAGGAUUUGACUCCCUUGCAAGUUACAGUGAAACAGGAGCCUCAAGAACUGGACCAAUUGUACCUUGAUGAUGUAAAUGAAAUCAUACGAAAUGACCUCUCAAGUGCCUCUGUUCAUGGACAUUCGUAGUUAAAAUUAGCGUCAAGACCAUGGAAAGAGAAAAGAUGGUCCUCUGCCAUUUUGAAAAUGUUGAUUGUGUGAAAAUAUCAAGCUACGCCAACUCGAAAGAAAAUCGUCAAUAUAAACAACGAGCUUUUAUUUCUCUUACUAGAAAUAAUUCACUUCAGGUAACAGGACAAAACUGACUUGCUGUUUUGUAAUAAGUCAAUAGUGUCGGCCAGUGAUUAGACACCACUCCCAGCGAACAGUUGUUUGGAUGAGUUCUCAAUUUCAGCAAGAACUGUCUUCCCUAAGCAUUCCAACAAAAUUCACAUGAAAACAUUUAAAGAAUUCCAAAGAAUCAAUAUUGUUGUGAAGGAAUACAUAGAGUUAAAAAAAUGUAGUUGUUCUAAAGUAUGCAAAUAUAAGUGCCUUAUGUUUACUUUUUGUUACAAAAGAAGGUUCUUUGUAUUGUACUUCUAAUAAAAGAAUCACAGUUAUAGAAAUAAAUAUUAAAACAUGCUCUUUGUAGGAAUAUUUUGUUAGCAAGAAAUUGUAAGAAAGCAGGAGAUUAAUGUGAAUUAGUAGACAUAUUACAAUAUGUGUGUUCACUAAGGAGUUCAUGCUAAGCUCUUCAGUGGAAAGAGGGUAUCCAACAUUAUGUGUAACUGUACUACUGUUCAUUGCAUUUCAAUUCAAAGCAACUCUUUAAUUCAUUCCCUGAGCCCACUAAAUGUAUCAAUCACUCCAAAGAGAUUUCCUGGUUUUAGCUGCUCAAUUCAUAGCCGAGACUGGGCUGUAAAGUCAUCCUUCCAUAUCAUUUGAAGUGAAUUAAACCUCACAAAUACACAGAAAUUCCAAGAGACUCUGGAGAUGGCCUUAUAGAAAAACCGUCAAUACCCCCAGAAAUAUGGCUGUGCAGAUCAUAGUAAGAUGUCACUGCAUGCUUCAUUGGAUUAAAGAAUUUAUUUUUUAAAACAUAUAAAAAAGUGACUAGAUAUUUAGGGUUUUUUUGUGCUGAAUUGUUUGCUUGCUGCUCUCCUAUGUACAUUUCCACAAAUAUGUUGAAACCUGCCAUCUUUCACUGAUUGUAUUUUGUGUUUUAUCUACUAUAAACUCAAAAGGAUGGGUUUAUAAUUGUCAUUUUUGCAAUGCAAAUUAGGAAAUAUUUCACAACAAAAGUAAUUUCAGACUCUAUGCGCACAAAUGUCGAAAGGAAAGAUAAGUGUAAAGCUUCAGAACAUCAGCGGAGAUGGUCUUCUUUCGUCCCCUGUCCAACAAAUUGCAGUAACCAUUAGCAGAACACUCAAUGCACAAUCAGGAUCUCAGUCCACGCUACUGCACAGUAGCAUCCAGUUACCAGUUUGCUUAAUAUUAUGUGGUUUCUGGACUAGCUAGAAUAGUAGAGACUUGUUUUUUUAACUUACAAAGAUAGAACAUAACAGACUAGAAGUGCAUUUCCUUACCUUUUGCAAUUCUGCCAGCACUUUAGAAAGUACAGUACAAGACAGUACAAAGAAAUCUGCCUCAGCAGGUAGUUUUAAUAUUAUUUUUAAAAAAAAUCUCAAGUCAGACUUAGAUUUCUUGGCUCACAAUGCUGUAAAAAGAAUUUUAAACAUUAUCUUAAAGGCAAGCAACUGCUACUGGACUAUUGCAUUAAUGGUAUGUUAAAUCUUUAAAUAUUGUGCUCUAGAUAAUAGUUGAUCAUAGUUUUGGUAGCUGAAAUAGAAUAUCAGACCAUAUAGCUUAACUAGGACUAAAUAAUUGCUCUUUUAGGUUAUGUUUUCAUUAUAGAUUGAGUCUGAUUUCAUACAAUAACUAUGUUAAUUGUUUCCAGUUUGAGUGCCUUAACCAGUAGUGCCCUCUCUGGGUUUUGCCCAGGAAUUACAUGGUUGCAUUUCUUGGUUAAUAUAUCAAGUUCCUGGAUCGUGUUCACAGUAUCUAAUGAUGAACUGCAAUUGACAAGUGUGAGGUGUACAGUCACGCACAUUACCUAAUCAAAGAAGUGAAAAUAGAUUCAUUGCUGUGCUCAAGCCAUUGCCUUAUUUUGAUCCCUUGCCUCAAAAGCCACCCUAGUAGUGAAGAGUUUACAACAUAUUGUGGCAAAAUGAACUCCUUUAAGAGUUAUCAAUAGGGCAAACUCCGGAGAACCCCACUUUCCAGGGGAAGAUUCUGCCUCCCAGAUUCGGGGAAUUAAAAAGCAACGCAACCUCAUCUGCUUACAAGUAAUGAGAGACUGUCCCUUCAGUUGUCAGGUCAUUUAAUGCCUCUUAUUCUUCCCCGAUACCUCUGAUCCAUUGUAGCCUGUUGCACACUUAUAGCUGUCCGCUGCCUAGAUACCGAUCAGUGCCACAUGUAUUGGAUGGACUCUGCUUAGGAUCAUGUUUGUCUGUUAUUCAAGUAGUGGCUUUUGGUAAAUAAAUGUUAAUUUAGGUUAGCUUUGAGAAGUGCCACUUGUAACUUAAAAGAGAAAUGGGGAAACAAAUCUCAGUUAUGCUUGGAGAUAAUCUCAUACAUGUUCUGCAUUCUAUUAAAGCUGUUAAUGUAGGAGUACUAAUUUUGUUUUUUAAGAUUACUAUCACCCCCCUAAGCCUGUUGUAUAGAAGUAUAAUGAGAAAUGCUGAAAUGGUUGUUCAUACAAUUUGUAUAGCAGGAUGAUCUUAUUCUACUAAUACUUGGACAGAAAGAACUGCCAGUCGUUACAACGCUGCAAAAUAAUUGCAAAGUUAGUUUUGUCUGCUGGUGUAAACUUGUAAAAAAAAUGGUUUUAGCAAGGCAGCUUAUUGUUGGCAAUACAACUGUAUUGUGUUAUAGGUGAAUACUGGCAGUUUUCUAUGCUGCACUAGUCCAGUCCUAGUCAACAGGCCCUUGAUGAGUGACAACCAUUUCUGAUCUCCUAAGAUGCCAGCUGCCAUUUUUUCCUAUUUUUAUUUGUAUACUUUUCUUUUUGAAUUUGUAUUUUUGCUGCAUUUAUUUAGGGAAAGGAAUGUCUCUGCUUUUUGGAUCUGACCCCAGAGAGAAAGCAGAGGAGAGGCUGGACUAGGAUUCUACUUUAGAAUAUACAAUAACAUUGUGUCACUGGUUAAAAUCUCUUGGGCAAAACACACUCCACUUUUUCACUUCGUUUCAGGAAUGGCUCUUAAGUUAAAUAGACAAAGUUCCUGUGUUGUGUGUUGUGUCUUUGAUGUUUUCCAAAGCUUGGAUUUUCCUGUAUAUUUGUAUCAGUGUUUUUAUUUUUUCGUUCUUGCUGUUAGUGUAACCUGUUUCAUGGAAAUUAUGCAAAUAUUUUCUACAUGUAAUAUAAAAUAAAAGCACAGUUUGAAAUA